CACACUUCAGCUGAAGUCUGAACUAAUCGUACAUAAGAAAACAAGCAAGCACAACGACAACAAUGGACAACACCUCAAAGCGUUUCCAUGUCUUCCUCGCCCUGCUUGCAAUCGCGGCGUUCAGCAUCACCAUCUCGUGCGCCUCUGAACACGCCGAUCUCCACCAGGCGAGCUACUUUGUGUGGAGGUCAGAGUGCCAAGGUGACUCGAUUGGCGAGUGCAGAGUUCUGGGGGAGGAAACAGAGAGCGAGAGGCGCAUUCUAGCGACGAGGCAGUACAUAAGCUAUGGGGCGCUGAGGAGGAACUCAGCGCCGUGCUCGCAACGUGGUGCAUCAUACUACAACUGCCGGGCCGGAGGUCAGUCGAAUCCUUACUCACGGGGAUGCAGUCAGAUCACUCGUUGCAGGGGCGGAUGAAUCCGGUUUCCGAGGUUGUCACCCUUCGGAGCCUGCAUUGAUGGACUCAUUCAAGAUUUCCCCUUCUGUCUGGAGUUUCGAUGGAAUGUUUUCAUUCAUGCAUGUAUAUAAACGCAUGUUCUGUUGCGUAUGUUACUUACCGAAUCACAGUUCCAUCUUAUUUUCUUGUUUAUCUGGUUCUGCAUUUUGCCUGGUUUCACAGUUCAUCUCAAGUAAAUUUUAAUCGUUUGCACGGUUGCCAAAUAGGAGACAGCGUGUGGAUUUCA